GGGGCCGGUGCGCGAGGCUGUCGGCGCGCGCCCAUAGAGACAGAGUGAGGGGGUCAGGCCGGCCGGCGCUGGGCCCCGCGUCUCCUCUCCCUUCCCGCUCUUCUGCGCACGCGUGCCUGAGCAAGCGAGCGAGCGAGCCCUGAGAGGACGGACCCAGGUGUGAUUCCCUUCAGUACGGCGGCACCGUGGAAGUGCAGACUUUCACAGGGGGUGUGGUCUCAGCUCACACAGGUGCUCCAGAGGCUGGUGGACCUGAGCGGAGGCUGGGACGCCCUGGUGGGCCCCGGGCCCUGGAAGGCGGGUCCCGGUGGCCGGUGGCCCAGAAUGAGGCCAGCUCCCAGCAUGCCCUGCAGCCGGACGCCAGCCCCUCGGCCAGCAGCAGUGGUGAUAACGACCCAGUCAUUCUUCAGGCAUCCAAGGAGGAGCCUGGGAGUGGGACCAUGCAGAGCAGCCCCUCCCCUGCUCACCCUCAGCUCCCAGUCCUACAGACACAGAUGGUGUCGGACGGCAUGACAGGCAGCAAUCCUGUGUCCCCUGCCUCAUCCAGUUCCCCAGCCUCUAGUGGGGCAGGCGGCAUCUCCCCCCAGCACAUAGCUCAAGAUUCCUCCCUGGAUGGACCUCCAGGACCCCCAGAUGGUGCCACAGUGCCCCUGGAGGGGUUCAGCUUAUCCCAGGCUGCUGACCUGGCUAACAAGGGCCCGAAGUGGGAGAAGAGCCAUGCCGAAAUCGCGGAACAGGCCAAGCAUGAGGCUGAGAUCGAGACUCGGAUUGCUGAGCUGCGGAAGGAGGGUUUCUGGUCACUGAAGAGGCUGCCUAAGGUGCCAGAGCCCCCUCGCCCCAAAGGUCACUGGGACUAUCUGUGCGAAGAGAUGCAGUGGCUCUCUGCUGACUUUGCUCAGGAGCGCCGCUGGAAACGGGGUGUGGCCCGUAAGGUGGUGCGCAUGGUGAUCCGGCACCACGAGGAGCAGCGGCAGAAAGAGGAACGGGCCCGGAGGGAGGAGCAGGCCAAGCUGCGUCGAAUCGCUUCCACCAUGGCCAAGGAUGUCAGGCAGUUCUGGAGCAAUGUGGAGAAGGUGGUGCAAUUCAAGCAACAGUCCCGGCUUGAGGAAAAGCGCAAAAAAGCCCUGGACCUGCAUUUGGACUUCAUUGUCGGGCAAACUGAAAAGUACUCGGACCUUCUAUCUCAGAGCCUCAACCAGCCGUUAGCCUGCAGCAAAGCAGGCUCUUCCCCUUGCCUCGGCUCUUCCUCAGCUGCCUCCAGUCCUCCACCCCCUGCUUCCCGCCUGGAUGAUGAAGAUGGGGACUUUCAACCCCAAGAGGAGGAGGAAGAGGAUGAUGAGGAAACGAUUGAGGUAGAAGAACAACAGGAGGGCAAUGAUGCAGAGGCCCAGAGGCGUGAGAUUGAGCUGCUUCGCCGUGAGGGAGAAUUGCCACUGGAAGAGCUGCUCCGUUCCCUUCCCCCUCAACUACUGGAAGGGCCUUCCAGCCCCUCUCAAACCCCCUCAUCUCAUGAUAGUGACACCCGAGAUGGGCCUGAAGAAGGUGCUGAAGAAGAGCCCCCUCAGGUGUUGGAGGUAAAGCCCCCACCCUCUGCUGUCACACAGCGAAACAAACGGCCUUGGCAUCCAGAUGAAGAUGAUGAAGAGUUUACUGCCAAUGAGGAGGAAGCGGAGGAUGAAGAGGACACUAUAGCAGCUGAGGAACAGUUGGAAGGGGAGGUGGAUCAUGCCGUGGAGCUGAGCGAGUUGGCUCGAGAAGGUGAGCUUUCCAUGGAGGAGCUGUUGCAGCAGUAUGCAGGAGCCUAUGCCCCAGGCUCUGGGAGCAGUGAUGAUGAGGAUGAAGAUGAGGUUGAUGCUAAUAGCUCUGAUUGUGAACCAGAGGGGGCCGUGGAAGCGGAAGAAGCUCCUCAGGAGGAUAGUAGCAGUCAGUCAGACUCUGUGGAGGACCAGAGUGAGGAUGAGGAAGAUGAACAUUCAGAAGAGGAAGAAACAAGUGGAAGUUCAGCAUCAGAGGAAUCUGAGUCCGAAGAGUCUGAGGAUGCCCAAUCACAGAGCCAAGCAGAUGAAGAGGAGGAAGAUGAUGAUUUUGGGGUGGAGUACUUGCUUGCCAGGGAUGAAGAGCGGAGUGAGGCAGAUGCAGGCAGUGGGCCUCCCACUCCAGGGCCCACCACUACUCUAGGUCCAAAGAAAGAAAUUACUGACAUUGCUGCAGCAGCUGAAAGUCUCCAGCCCAAGGGUUACACGCUGGCCACUACCCAGGUAAAGACGCCCAUCCCCCUGCUUCUGCGGGGCCAGCUCCGGGAGUACCAGCACAUUGGCCUAGACUGGCUGGUUACCAUGUAUGAGAAGAAGCUUAAUGGCAUUCUUGCUGAUGAGAUGGGGCUUGGGAAGACCAUCCAGACCAUCUCCCUGCUUGCCCACUUGGCUUGUGAGAAAGGUAACUGGGGUCCCCAUUUAAUCAUUGUUCCCACCAGUGUGAUGUUGAACUGGGAAAUGGAGUUGAAACGGUGGUGCCCCAGCUUUAAAAUCCUCACUUACUAUGGAGCCCAGAAAGAGAGGAAGCUCAAGCGGCAGGGCUGGACCAAGCCCAAUGCCUUCCAUGUUUGUAUCACAUCUUACAAGCUGGUGCUGCAGGACCACCAGGCCUUCCGCCGCAAGAAUUGGCGCUAUCUCAUUCUGGAUGAGGCGCAGAACAUCAAGAACUUCAAGUCACAGCGCUGGCAGUCACUCCUCAACUUCAACAGCCAGAGGCGCCUGCUCCUGACAGGAACUCCCUUGCAGAACAGCCUCAUGGAGCUGUGGUCCUUGAUGCACUUUUUGAUGCCCCAUGUCUUCCAGUCUCAUCGCGAGUUCAAGGAGUGGUUCUCUAAUCCCCUAACUGGCAUGAUUGAGGGCAGCCAAGAGUAUAAUGAAGGUCUUGUCAAACGCCUCCACAAGGUUUUGAGGCCUUUUUUACUGCGCCGAGUUAAGGUGGAUGUUGAGAAGCAGAUGCCCAAAAAGUAUGAGCAUGUUAUCCGCUGCAGGCUCUCCAAGCGUCAACGCUGUCUCUAUGAUGACUUCAUGGCACAAACCACAACUAAGGAGACACUAGCCACAGGCCAUUUCAUGAGCGUCAUCAACAUUUUGAUGCAGCUGAGAAAAGUUUGCAAUCAUCCAAAUCUGUUCGACCCUCGACCGGUUACCUCCCCUUUCAUCACCCCAGGCAUCUGCUUCAGCACCGCCUCUCUGGUGCUAAGGGCCACGGAUGUCCAUCCCCUCCAGCGGAUAGACAUGGGUCGAUUUGACCUUAUUGGCCUGGAAGGUCGUGUCUCUCGAUAUGAGACAGACACAUUUCUGCCCCGGCACCGCCUCUCUCGCCGGGUACUGCUAGAGGUGGCUACUGCUCCUGAUCCCCCACCCCGGCCCAAGCCAGUCAAGAUGAAGGUCAACAGGAUGCUGCAGCCAGUACCUAAGCAAGAAGGCCGGACAGUGGUCGUAGUGAACAACCCACGGACGCCCCUGGGCCCUGUCCCGGUUCGACCCCCUCCAGGUCCUGAGCUCUCAGCCCAGCCCACCCCUGGCCCAGCCCCCUCAGUGCUGCCAGCACCACUGAUGGUUUCAGCCUCACCUGCUGGGCCCCCGCUUAUUCCUGCAUCUCGGCCUCCUGGCCCUGUCAUCUUGCCUCCACUGCAGCCAAACAGUGGUUCUCUCACUCAGGUGUUGCCAUCCCCCCUGGGAGUCCUGAGUGGGACCUCACGGCCUCCCACGCCAACCUUGUCCCUAAAGCCAACACCACCUGCCCCAGUUCGCCUGAGCCCAGCCCCACCUCCAGGCUCCUCUAGCCUGUUGAAGCCCCUGACAGUGCCACCAGGUUACACCUUCCCUCCUGCUGCUGCCACCACCUCUUCUACCACCACGGCAACUGCUACCACUACAGCAGUGCCAGUUCCGACUCCUGCACCACAGCGCCUCAUUCUAUCUCCCGAUAUGCAAGCUCGCCUGCCCUCAGGUGAAGUGGUCAGCAUCGGGCAGUUAGCCUCACUGGCACAACGUCCAGUGGCUAAUGCAGGGGGAAGCAAACCUCUCACCUUCCAAAUCCAGGGCAACAAGCUGACACUGACUGGUGCCCAGGUGCGCCAGCUUGCUGUGGGGCAGCCCCGCCCGCUGCAAAGGAAUGUGGUGCACCUCGUGUCAGCAGGGGGGCAGCACCACCUCAUCAGCCAGCCUGCCCAUGUGGCCCUCAUCCAGGCCGUGGCCCCGACCCCUGGCCCUACCCCUGUCUCUGUGCUGCCUUCUUCGACCCCCAGCACCACCCUUGCCCCCACUGGCCUCAGCCUUCCGCUUGCUGCUAACCAGGUGCCACCAACCAUGGUGAAUAAUACAGGCGUGGUGAAGAUUGUAGUGAGACAAGCCCCUCGGGAUGGACUGACUCCUGUUCCUCCGUUGGCCCCAGCACCCCGGCCUCCGAGCUCUGGGCUUCCAGCUGUGUUGAAUCCACGCCCCACGUUAACCCCUGGCCGGCUACCCACACCUACUCUGGGUACUGCCCGAGCCCCCAUGCCCACACCCACUCUGGUGAGGCCUCUUCUCAAGCUGGUCCACAGUCCUUCACCUGAAGUCAGUGCUUCAACCCCCGGAACUGCCCCCUUGACCAUCUCUUCUCCUCUCCAUGUGCCAUCCUCACUCCCUGGGCCAGCCUCUUCUCCAAUGCCAAUUCCCAACUCCUCUCCUCUUGCUAGUCCUGUGUCCUCUACAGUCUCAGUUCCAGCGUCAUCUUCACUCCCCAUCUCUGUCCCCACCACACUUCCUGCCCCAGCCUCGGCUCCACUCACCAUCCCCAUCUCAGCCCCCUUGCCUGUUUCCGCUUCGAGCCCAGCUCUGUUGACCAGUGUGACUCCACCACUGGCACCUGUUGUCCCAGCGGCUCCUGGACCUCCAUCCUUGGCACCAUCUGGUGCUUCCCCGUCAGCAUCAGCCUUGACUCUAGGUUUGGCCACAGCUCCGUCCCUGUCUUCAUCUCAGACACCUGGUCACCCUCUGUUGUUGGCUCCCACCUCUUCACAUGUUCCAGGGUUGAACUCAACUGUGGCCCCAGCAUGCUCACCUGUCCUGGUGCCAGCUUCAGCUCUGGCCAAUCCUUUUCCGGCAGCACCAAAUCCAGCUCCAGCUCAGGCUUCCCUUCUGGCUCCAGCAUCUUCUGCAUCUCAGGCUCUAGCCACCCCUCUGGCUCCUAUGGCAUCUCCACAGACAGCAAUUCUGGCUCCUUCUCCAGCUCCUCCUCUGGCUCCUCUUCCAGUCCUGGCACCAUCGCCAGGUCCUGCUCCUGUCCUGGCUUCAUCACAGACUCCGGUUCCAGUUAUGGCUCCAUCGUCUACUCCAGGAACCUCUUUAGCCUCAGCUUCACUGGUACCAGCUCCAACCCCUGUGUUGGCUUCAUCAUCAACUCAAACUUUGCUACCAGCCCCGGUUCCAUCACCUCUCCCGAGCCCGGCUUCUACACAGACACUGGCCCUAGCCCCAGCUUUAGCACCCACUCUUGGAGGCUCAUCUCCAUCUCAGACACUCUCUUUGGGCACGGGGAACCCCCAGGGACCCUUUCCAACUCAGACAUUGUCAUUAACUCCAGCAUCAUCCCUGGUACCAACUCCAGCCCAGACACUGUCUUUGGCACCAGGACCACCACUGGGUCCAACUCAGACGCUGUCUCUGGCUCCAGCACCUCCUCUGGCUCCAGCUUCUCCGAUGGGCCCAGCCGCAGCUCACACGCUGACUUUGGCUCCAGCAUCGUCAUCUGCUUCACUCCUGGCCCCAGCUUCAGUGCAGACACUGACCUUGAGCCCUGCCCCAGUUCCUAAGCUGGGCCCGGCUGCAGCUCAGACCUUGGCGCUGGCCCCAGCCUCCACACAGUCCCCAGCUUCCCAGGCAUCUUCCCUUGCGGUUUCGGCAUCUGGUGCCGCUCCCUUGCCUGUCACCAUGGUAUCCCGGCUGCCUGUUUCCAAGGAUGAGCCUGACACACUGACAUUGCGCUCUGAUCCCCCCAGCCCUCCCUCCACUGCUACCUCGUUUGGUGGCCCCCGGCCUCGACGCCAGCCCCCCCCACCACCUCGUUCCCCUUUUUAUCUGGACUCCCUGGAGGAAAAGCGGAAGCGGCAGCGGUCUGAACGCCUGGAACGGAUUUUCCAACUUAGUGAGGCUCAUGGGGCCCUGGCACCUGUGUAUGGGACUGAAGUCCUGGAUUUCUGUACCCUACCCCAACCUGUUGCCAGCCCCAUCGGCCCUCGUUCUCCUGGCCCCAGCCACCCCACCUUUUGGACUUAUACCGAGGCUGCCCACCGGGCUGUACUGUUUCCCCAGCAGCGACUAGACCAGCUGUCAGAAAUCAUUGAGAGGUUCAUCUUUGUCAUGCCUCCUGUGGAGGCACCUCCCCCUUCCCUGCAUGCCUGCCACCCACCUCCUUGGCUGGCCCCACGUCAGGCAGCCUUCCAGGAGCAAUUGGCCUCUGAGCUCUGGCCCCGGGCUCGUCCUUUGCACCGUAUUGUGUGUAACAUGCGCACCCAGUUCCCCGACUUGAGACUCAUCCAGUAUGAUUGCGGAAAACUGCAGACGUUGGCAGUGCUGUUGCGGCAGCUCAAGGCAGAGGGCCACCGAGUGCUCAUCUUCACCCAGAUGACCCGAAUGCUGGAUGUAUUGGAGCAGUUUCUCACCUACCAUGGCCAUCUCUACCUGCGCCUGGAUGGGUCUACUAGAGUUGAACAGAGACAGGCCUUGAUGGAACGGUUCAAUGCAGACAAACGCAUAUUCUGCUUCAUCCUUUCAACUCGGAGUGGGGGUGUGGGCGUGAACCUGACAGGAGCAGACACUGUUGUUUUUUAUGACAGCGACUGGAAUCCCACCAUGGAUGCUCAGGCCCAGGACCGCUGUCACCGAAUUGGCCAGACCCGGGAUGUUCACAUAUAUAGGCUUAUCAGUGAACGGACAGUGGAGGAGAACAUCCUAAAAAAGGCAAAUCAGAAGAGAAUGUUGGGAGACAUGGCCAUUGAGGGAGGCAACUUCACCACAGCCUAUUUUAAACAGCAGACCAUCCGAGAGCUGUUUGAUAUGCCCCUGGAGGAACCUUCUAGCUCAUCUGUGUCCUCUGCCCCUGAAGAGGAAGAAGAGACUGUGGCCAGCAAGCAGACUCAUAUUCUGGAGCAGGCAUUGUGUCGGGCAGAAGAUGAAGAGGAUAUCCGUGCAGCCACCCAGGCCAAGGCUGAACAGGUGGCUGAGCUUGCAGAAUUUAAUGAGAACGAUGGGUUUCCUGCUUGUGAGGGAGAGGAGGCUGGCCGGCCUGGGGCUGAGGAUGAGGAGAUGUCCCGGGCUGAGCAGGAAAUUGCUGCCCUCGUAGAACAGCUGACCCCCAUUGAGCGUUAUGCCAUGAAAUUCCUGGAGGCCUCACUGGAGGAGGUGAGCCGAGAGGAGCUCAAACAGGCAGAAGAGCAAGUGGAAGCUGCCCGCAAAGACCUGGACCAAGCCAAGGAGGAGGUGUUCCGCCUACCCCAAGAGGAGGAGGAGGGGCCAGGGGCUGGGGAUGAGAGUUCCUGUGGGACUGGUGGAGGCACCCACCGGCGCAGUAAAAAGGCCAAGGCCCCUGAGAGGCCAGGGACUCGUGUCAGUGAGCGUCUUCGUGGAGCCCGGGCUGAGACUCAAGGGGCAAACCACACUCCUGUCAUAUCCGCCCAUCAAACUCGCAGCACCACCACACCGCCCCGCUGCAGUCCUGCCAGGGAGAGAGUUUCCAGGCCAGCACCUAGGCCUCGACCCACUCCAGCUUCAGCUCCAACUGCAAUUCCUGCCCUUGUUCCUGUCCCAGUCUCUGCCCCAGUACCCAUUUCAACCCCAAAUCCAAUAACCAUUCUCCCUGUCCAUAUAUUGCCUUCUCCUCCCCCUCCACAGAUUCCUCCUUGUUCUCCUGCCUGCACCCCUCCUCCCGCCUGUACCCCUCCACCAGCUCAUACACCGCCUCCAGCCCAAACCUGUCUUUUAACUCCUUCCUCUCCUCUCUUGCUUGGUCCACCUUCUGUGCCCAUUUCUCCCCCAGUCACCAACCUCCCCUUGGGCUUGAGGCCUGAGGCAGAACUGUGUGCCCAGGCAUUGGCAUCUCCAGAGUCCCUGGAGCUGGCUUCUGUGGCCAGUUCAGAAACCUCCUCACUUACUCUUGUGCCCCCUAAAGAUCUGUUGCCAGUUGCUGUGGAGAUCCUGCCUGUGUCAGAGAAGAACCUUUCUCUCACCCCUUCUGCACCCAGCCCGACCUUGGAGGCUGGCAGUGUCCCUAACGGUCAAGAACAGGAGGUACCAGAUUCUGCUGAGGGCACCACCCUUACAGUGCUGCCUGAAGGUGAGGAGUUGCCCCUGUGUGUGAGUGAGAGCAAUGGCCUGGAGCUCCCACCCUUAGCAGCAUCUGAUGAGCCACUUCAGGAGCCACUGGAAGCUGACAGGACCUCGGAAGAGCUGGCAGAGGCCCAGACCCCAACCUCCAGCCCAGAGAAGCUACAGGAACUUGUUACACCUGAGGUUGCAGCUCCAUCCACCUCAUCUUCAGCCACUUCCUCGCCUGAGGGUCCUUCACCUGCCCGACCUCCUCGGCGUCGCACCAGUGCUGAUGUGGAAAUUAGGGGUCAAGGGACUGGUCGGUCAGGACAACCACCAGGCCCCAAAGUGCUUCGAAAGCUGCCAGGACGGCUAGUAACUGUGGUAGAGGAAAAGGAACUGGUGCGGCGGCGGCGGCAGCAUCGGGGAGCUGCCAGCACCCUAGUGCCUGGGGUCUCUGAGACUAGCGCCAGCCCAGGAAGCCCGUCUGUCCGCAGCAUGUCAGGGCCAGAAUCCUCCCCUCCCAUUGGUGGGCCUUGUGAAGCUGCUCCUUCAUCCUCACUGCCCACUCCACCCCAGCAGCCCUUCAUUGCUCGCCGUCACAUUGAGCUGGGGGUGACUGGUGGUGGCACCCCAGAGAAUGGAGACGGAGCACUGCUUGCCAUCACCCCACCUGCUGUGAAACGUCGGAGGGGGAGGCCCCCCAAGAAGAACAGGUCUCCAGCAGAUGCUGGGAGAGGUGUGGAUGAGGCACCGUCAUCCACCUUGAAGGGAAAAACCAAUGGGACUGACCCAGUCCCUCGGCCUGAGACCCUAAUUGUUGCAGAGCCUGUCCUGGAACCACAGUUUGUUCCUGGGCCCCAGCCUCUUGGACCCCAGCCACUUCACAGACCCAAUCCUAUCCUGUCACCUGUGGAGAAAAGAAGGCGAGGGCGACCCCCCAAGGCACGAGAUUUGCCCAACCCUGGGACCAUUUCCUCUCCAGGGGAUGGCAACUCCGAAAGUCGGACACAGCCACCCCCACACCCAUCACCCCUAACCCCACUCCCACCACUGCUAGCUUGUCCCACUGCUACUGUUGCCAACACUGUCACCACUGUCACCAUUUCAACGUCCCCACCCAAACGGAAGAGGGGCCGACCUCCCAAGAAUCCUCCAUCACCUCGGCCCAGCCAGCUCCCUGUGUUGGACCGUGACAGCACUUCUGUCCUCGAGAGCUGUGGAUUGGGGAGGCGACGGCAACUGCAGGGCCAAGGGGAGAGUGAGGGUAGUUCCUCUGAUGAGGAUGGAAGCCGCCCCCUCACCCGCCUGGCCCGCCUUCGGCUUGAAGCAGAAGGAAUGCGAGGACGGAAGAGUGGAGGGUCCAUGGUGGUGGCUGUAAUUCAGGAUGACCUGGACUUAGCAGAUAGCGGGCCAGGCGGGUUGGAAAUGACACCUCCUGUGGUCUCAUUAGCCCCAAAACUGCGCUCGACCCGGCUGCGUCCAGGGUCUCUAGUCCCCCCACUAGAGACUGAGAAGGUGCCUCGCAAACGAGCAGGGGCCCCAGUUGGUGGGGGUCCUGGGCUGGCAAAGCGGGGCCGCCUGCAGCCCCCAAGUCCCCUGGGGCCUGAGGGUUCGGUAGAGGAGUCUGAGGCUGAAGCCUCAGGUGAGGAGGAGGAAGGGGAUGGGACCCCACGCCGACGUCCUGGUCCCCGCCGGCUUGUUGGGACCACCAACCAAGGGGACCAGCGCAUCUUGCGCAGCAGUGCCCCUCCCUCCCUGGCUGGCCCUACUGUUAGUUACAGAGGCCGCAAGGCCAAGACGUGAGUGGGCUGCCCCUCCACCUAGGCUUUCCACCGUGGCCGCUCCCUCCAUGACCAGGCCUGACUCUGUUAACCACUACUUGAAGUCUUGAGGGGGAAAGCCUCCAGGGAGACAUAGGGGCCUUCUCCCUUCUUCCCACCAAAGUAGGGGGUAGGCAACUGGUUGUCAUGGAAAUGGGGAUCAUCACAGCCCCCCUCCCCUUCACCCCACGUGGCUGGGCAGUGUUAAGGGUGGCAAGAUAGUCUCUGUCCCCACCCCCUUGUACUUGAUUCCCCAGCUGUCUUUCACAGCCCCCCACCCUUAGGGGAAAGGGGAGGGGCUUCUCUACAAUGAGGUUUUUUUCUUUUUUUCUUUUUUUCUUUUUUUUUUUUUUUAAGAAGAAAAAAUAAUAAACUUAGUUUCUGUACGAGCA